CCUUGAAUCGAGGCUAGUAAAACCAUAGAUGAAGGAAGAGAAAGGGAUUGGAAACGAUGGGCGUGGUUGAAUCUAGGCGCGUUACGGUGAUGUAAUCAUUUCACUGAGACAUUGCGCGCGAGAUUGGCGCCUAAAAAUAUAGCACACAGUAUUGCACACAGGUGAAGCUAUAUAGCUAGAAGAGAUGGCUGUGGAAAUUGUCACUACCUCACUAGAAGCAGUGAAACAAAGCAUGUCUUCUUGCCAUGAAAGGUCUACUAAGGCAAGGCAUGCAGCACAACUCAUAUUGGACAAGCAGAAACUGAAAGAGCCAGAAAUACUGGCUUGUUUUGAGAAGUUCAGCUCAGAACUCGUAAAUUACUUCCAAUCUGAAAUAAAGUCUUCCACUGCAAGACUACGAUCAUUGAGCUCAAAGAAGGAAAGGCUAUGGUCUCUAUUUCAUAGAAUAAGAAUGAAAGACUGCCUCACUUUGAUGUGGGAAACAUUGGCAACCAAACUUAAUGUGAGUGAUAACGACCCUCUAUUAAAGCAGUCGCUGUUUGAAAAGGUGUAUGAAAAAUGCUUGUAUACAUACUUUGCUAAAUAUCGUUGUGCACACACUGACGUUAAAGAGGAUAACGUUGAACUCACUACACAUGAAGCUAACGUUGUUCGAUAUGUUGGUGGUUAUGUUGCCCGCACAUUGCUCAAAAGACAUGAAAAGAAAGAUGGUGAUGUAGAGUCUCAGUAUAUACAGUGUUUAGGUGAUAUGGCAGUUGAAUUCGAAGAAGGAGAAGGAGAUGAUGUGCUAGCCUAUACCCGUAAAUGGCUAGAACAAACUAAUAGAGGUGGUCUUUUCCCAAUCAAUGAUACAUCAUUUUCAUUGUUUGCUCACAUAGAAACUUGUGUUCGUUCUUUGCUCCCUACAUAUCUACGUACCACAUGUACAAAUAGUGAUAAAGACAAAUUUCAAGAGAAUGUUCUCAAGAAAAUAUUGGAAAACGAAGAGUUGCAGUUUUACUGGGCUCUGUUAAGCCUAGAUAUUAGUAAUCUUGAAGACAGUGAACAGCUUUUGUCGGAAAUUGUACAGCUUUGGAUAACAAUUCGUGGUUUCUCAAUUGUGGCAACAUGGAUGGAAGUGUAUAAGACAGAUCAAAAGAGAAACACCCAAAAAUCAACAGGACUACGAAAGUCUGUCAGUGGGACUUCAAGUUCUAGUAGCUAG